AUGGCAUGCCCUCGUUCAUGCCCCCGCUCCCUCAUCCGCAUAAUCUUUCCGCCAGCGGGCCCAGCGCGCGGGCUUACGGCAGCAGUGGCCCCGGAGAUGCCCAAGCGCCCGCGUCAUCAACUUAGCCACAAGACCCCGAGCCACGAGUGCCAGAUGCCGGGUUGCGGUCGAAAGUUCCAUCGCAAAGAUCUUCUCGACCGGCACGAGCAGAAGCACAAUGGUCGCGCCGACGCGUACGGCCGACCUCUAUCCCAGGGACGGCAAACCUUUGGUAAUAACUAUGUUUUUCCGACUUCCCUCUCCCACCAGUUGCCCGUCAUCCAACACCAGUCAAUUCACCCGCACGAGAACCCUUUGCACCUGGUUGGUUAUUCUGAUGUCCAAGCUCCCCGGCGUCCUAACUUGCACCUCAAGUUUGCGAGCCCAGCGAAUAACCACGGGGGCCUCGCACCCUGCAAUGAUGCGCCCGGUAUCCCCUCAUCCGCUUCCAGCACCUAUUCGACCGGAUCAGAUCUUACCCGUAGCAACCGAUCCACCGCCCGGUCCUCGAGCGUUGAAUGGGUGGAUCCGUCGGGCUUCUUGUCGCCCUCACCCAUACCGACGAGCCAGGCCGGCUCCAUCGAAUUGCUGAGUCCCAUUAGCAUGGAUGCGAGCGGCUCCGUGCACGCCUCUUCUCCCCCGCCUGCUUCUACGCGCCUUUCCAUGGAAGCGAUGGAUUACCAACACCAGCUUUCGUACUCUUCUCCCCAGCGGAUUCCGCGAAUCAGCAAUACAGCCUACGAUAAAACUGGGGCUCUAUCCACCAAUCUGGGGUAUAGCGGCGGCUCUGCACUCCUCGACUAUUCCCACCAGCAGCCUGCCUGCUCCAUCAUGCCCUUGUUUCAGAACGACUCCAUGAGAAUGCCCCUCCGCGAGCGAUACUAG